AUGCCCGUCCACGCAGCCCUCCAGCUCUCCGCGCUAUCCCUAACAAUCCUCCUCCCGCUCUACAGAUUCCUCCUCCGCCCCCUCUUUCUCUCCCCACUAUCCAAGCUCAAGAUCCCCAAUGCCCACUACACAUCGCCCCUCUCGCACAAUUGGAUCUCGUCGGUUCGAAAGGCAGGAGAAGAAACACGCACAGUCCAAUGCCUACAUGCAAAACAUGGCCCCGUCGUUCGAUUGUCGCCGGAUGAGUUGAGCGUGAACUCGCUCCAUGGCCUGCGGGUCAUCUACACGGGUGCAUUUGAGAAACACCGGCUGUACAGCGACUUAUUUAUUAAUUUUCACACUGAAAAUCUGGUCGGUAUGCUGGGAAAUAAAGAGCACGCGAAGCAGAAGAGGAUGCUAAGCCGCGUUUACUCCAAGUCGUACCUGCAGGAAUCGCCGGAUCUACGGGAUCUCUCCGGUGUGAUCUUGACGCGAAGACUACUGCCUAUCUUACAGGGGUAUGUGGAAAGGGGCGAGAAUGUUAAUGUCCUCCCACUAUUCCAGGCUGUUGGGAUGGACUUCAUCUCGACCUAUCUGUUUGGAGUGCAGAAUGGGACGAGAUUCCUGUUUGAUUUGCCGGGAUGGCAGAAGUGGCUGGAGGAGUAUGAGCGCUUCAAACAUCUGAGUGGGGAUGAGCGCGCCGAUGGGUUUGUUGAGCAGUGGUGUCUUGACUUGUGCCAGAAGACGAAGACGGGGAUCACCAAGCUUGACUCGGCAGACGUCUCAACUGAGCCUGUUGUAUAUAACGCACUUCGCCAGAGCCUUGAGAAGUCCCCAGACUCGCGAUCCAUCGACCUCUCUAUCGCAUCUGAGCUCCUCGACCACCUUAUAGCCGGCCACGAAACCUCGGGGAUUACGUUCACUUAUAUCGUGUGGGAGCUUUCGCAGCGACCAGAGCUGCAAGAGGAGCUGCGUGCUGAGCUACAGACUCUUCGACCUUCGCUGAAACAUCCAAUGGAGAAAGAUAGUCUCCCCCACCCGUCAUCCAUCGACGCCCUGCCCCUCCUGGACGCCAUCAUCCGUGAAACACUCCGGCUCCAUGCCCCCUUGCCAUCACCACUACCCCGCGUGACCCCUGAUACGCCGGGCGGAACGGCAAUAGACGGGUACAACGGUAUCCCAGGCGGUAUCACGGUCAGCUCCUCUGCAUAUACUCUUCACCGAAUCGAGGAGGUGUAUCCGCGGCCAGCGGAGUGGUUACCGCAGCGGUGGAUUAACCCCGAACCUGGAAAGAAGCAUGACAUGCGGCGGCUGUGGUGGCCAUUUGGAAGUGGUGGAAGGAUGUGCUUAGGAAGUAAUUUUGCGUUGCAAGGUAUUGAUCUUGUUUUUCGUCUCGGCUAA